AUGACCACAGUUUUAUCUAACAUGCAAUUAAUCAACCAACGUAAAGAUACCCUACAAAAAUUCAUCCAGUCAAAGACAGUCGGCGAUGUAUUGAACAAGGUGAAGCCUACGCAUCGUGAAUUGCUUGAUCUCCCUUUGACUUCCACUAUGGAAGAGGCCUUUGAUCUGCUCUUGGCCGAAGACAUUCUCUCUGUUCCAAUUUACCACAAGGAGGGCAAUGAAAAGAAGUAUUUGGCCAUUGUAAGUGCUUUGGAUUUAUUAAAAUUGCUGAGCACAAAGGUCUCUGUGGAAACAUUGCAAACAAACAGUGAUACUCUCUUGAUGCAAUUGAGCGAAGCCAUCUCCAUUUCAGAGCCAUUAACCGUUCUCAAAUCAACGGACAGUUUGGAUCAGCUUCUUUCCCUUUUGAGCGUGGAAAAGGCACAUCGUGUCUUGGUGCAAGAAUCUGCUUCCGGUCUCGUGUUACUUUCUCAGAUGGACUUGAUCCGUUUCUUCCAAGCUAACAAUCAUCAUAUCGGCUCUGCCUUGUUAGACCUCUCCGUCGACAAGAUCAAGUCUUCUGGUAUCCGAUCAAGUCUUAAUUUCAAAAGCACUGCUGCAGAGGCCUUCUUGAAAUUGGCUGCUGAUGAUACUAUUAGCGCCCUUCCUAUUGUGGAUGAUAACAAUGAUCUCAUUGGAGAGAUUAGUGCUCAAGACUUGCGUGGGUUGAACAGAAAUCGCUGGGAUUCUCUCAUGAAGCCUGUUGUGAUGUACUUGAAAGCAAGCCAUGGUGAUUUGUACGCUCCAUUGACUUGCCAUGACCGUUUCACUCUUUCUCAAAUCAUGUCUGCCUUUGUCUUGCGUAAAACACAUAGGCUCUGGUGGAUGAACUAUGAGACUGGAGAGCUGAAAGGCGUCAUUACUUUGACUGAUAUUUUGAAUACAUUUGCAUCAUUUCAUUAA